AUGUCCGACUCUCGACCCGUCAAGCCUUUUGGCUUGUCGCAGGUCUAUGUGCCCCGCGGAGACCCCACCGUGGAUAUUGUGUUUGUUCAUGGUCUAAACGGCCAUCCCCACGAUUCCUGGACCAGCAAGCCCAGCAAGACGGAGAAAGGCGGCUGUUUCUGGCCCGUGGAUCUACUGCCCGAAAUUCUUGCACCACUACGUCCUCGCAUAUUGACCUAUGGCUAUAAUGCGAGCGUUGCUGCUUUUACUGACGGCGCGUCGCGGGACUCAAUCGUCAGCCAUGCAGAGACGCUGGCGUCCAAUCUCGCUGCCAACCGAAAUUUACGAAACUGCUCCGAUCGCCCCAUCAUUUUCGUCUGCCAUUCCCUAGGAGGCUUGGUCGUCAAACGUGCCCUCAUCUAUAGUCGGAGUUUAUCGAGCGAGAAAACUGAACACCUGCGCUCCGUGUACGUGUCGACAUUCGGCAUCCUCUUCCUCGGCACACCCCAUAACGGAUCCGACAUCGCGAAAUGGGGGUUGUUAUUGCACAACAUCUGUACCGCCGUUCUCCCCAAGAAGGUUAUGGAGGGCUCCUCGCAACUUGUGCAGGCCCUGCGGAAGGACAACGAGACCCUGCAGCACAUCAAUAGUCUGUUCGCCGAUAUCAUGGGUCGCUUCCACAUCUACUUGUUCCAUGAGACUCGCUCUACAGAUAUGCGCGGAACUCGGGAGAUUAUUGUCGAUGAGGCAUCAGCUGCACCGUACAUUGAAGGCGUGGAGCGAAUGGGCAUCGAGGCUGAUCAUAGCCACAUGUGCAAGUUUGACGAUGAAAACUCUCCGGGCUUUGAAGUAGUUGCCGAAGCCAUCCUCCGAUACUCCCGCCAGGCUCCCACGAUCAUUGCAGAUCGUUGGGUGGAAGAGCACAAAACUCGUCUGCUGGAGAAGAAGGCAAAGGCUCGUGAGAUUUAUGACGGUAGAGUAGAUGAUUCCGUCGGACGCAGUAUGACGACUUCGAACUCGCCAGACUCUUCCCUGCUUACUCUGCCACUACAAUCCAUUACUGAUGGUGGCCGCAACUCCCCAGUAUCCGACAUAGACCAUAGCGGUGUCUUAACAUCAUCACAAAUCUCUCAUAGAGAUCCACCGCUUUUCGUCGCGCCUCCGGGUUUCCAUCCCAAUGCAACUUUUUAUGGAAUGGAGAAGGAGUUGGAGGUGCUACAUAGCCGCCUGUUCAAGGUUCGAACACGUGCAGAUCGAACAAUGGCCGUUCUGAUCUCUGGUGUCCCGGGAUCUGGAAAAACCCAUCUAGCCCGCCAGUAUGUCUUUGCACAACGCGAGAAUUACCCCGGUGGUAUAUUCUGGAUUGAUGCAAAGUCCCGUGAGUCUUCAUAUAAAUGCUUCUGGGAAAUCGCGCAAGCAGCCACCCUGAUCGACCACAAGGAGACUCAUGACCCGGCGUAUCAAAAGACUCAGUCCUAUGUGAACGCUGUCCGGAACUGGCUUCAGACGCGUCAUGAGUGGUUGAUGGUAUUUGAUGGAGUCUCGUUUGAUCAUGAUGAUGAUAUCAAUGAGUUUCGACCUUUUCUCCCCUGGAACAAGAGGUGCAGUAUCAUCUAUACCUCGGUUGAUGCCACGUUACGAAAAAAGCAACGUCUAUACGAACCAUACUGCCUCUCGAUGCCUCGUAUGCGAGUUGAAGAUGCUUGCAAACUUCUGUUCAAAGAUCUCGGAAUCAAAAACGCCACACAGGAGCAGAUUCAUAAGGCCACUGAGCUGGUGGGAUACUACGAAUGUCUCCCACUUGCCAUUCAUGCCAUCGGUCAUCGUCUUAAUGCCACGGGUAAGCCCAUCGAGAGAUACCGUGUCAAGUACCAAGUGACAGACAAGAAACUCGCCGAGCCAUUCUUGGGCAUCAUGAAUGAUCUAUACCGCUUGCACCACCGACAGGCUUUGAAUCUGAUUAAUCUUCUCGCUUUCCUUGGCCACCAUGUUCCGGUCGGCUUGAUUAACCUCGGAAAGGGCGCCAUGUCCGCCGAAAACGCAGAGAUACUGUCCAGUGCUCAGAUAGGAGAGGACCCGGAUCUCGACACCACUCUAGGAACGCUAAUUCACUACGGGUUGAUCGAGAGGGCUUUGGAUACUCAGACUUCAUCCGUUCCGAACCUGUCCCCUCAACAGUCGAGUGAUGACAUGGGCAUAGAUGCCACACCAACACCCGGUAUCCCAGGAUUGACCGAGUCUAUUGCUGAAAUUAGCGCCGGAGGCUUCUUCUCAAUUUACCCUGGCAGCUCGGUUGUUGACGUUGUCAAAAUGCACAGCGUGGUGCAGCGAUUUUGCCGAGAUGAGCUCCGAAUCAAGGACGAGGAGUACAAAGACGCCCUCAACAAGAAUGAUCCGGGAUUAUACGACUCGUGGUUGAUUGUCGCCACACGAUUUCUCUGCAGGUCUUAUGAGGCUGCAAAAGAGAAGAUGGCGCAUUAUCAUGACUGCGGUCUCGUCCGUGACUAUAGAGAAUACGAGACUCACGCAUCGAGCCUUGCUGAGCUCUUCCCCAAAAGAUCAGCUAUGAGCUCACAUCCCUCCAUCCUUCGAGAGGCGCGUGAAUAUCUGCGCCAGCUUAUGAAAAGUGUAAGCAGCGAGAUCGAUCGCAGGUCUCCCAGCUCUUCCCAGGAGACUUCUCGCAACCAAAAGUCUGUUUUUGAUAGAUCAAGCAGCUCCUCAUCUUCAUUUCCUGAAUCUUCGACCGAUGAGGGUCUGUCACGUCAAUCCACAUUCAACUGGACUGACUCAGGAUCUGCCCGUGCAGAAUCACCCGAGCAAAUCAUGGUACCUCCGCGUUUCAAACUGGAUCUGUUUCCUCCUCACAUCUUCGGACAAGCUGGUUACGAGUCAGAAGAGGGCUACGAGACAGAUGGAGAAUCAAAGCAAGCUCCUCGAAUCUCACCAGCACUUUCGCAGAUGAGUCAAGCUACGGAAAAGCCGUCCCCGAAAACACAAAGCCCUCCUGCUCCAGCUGAUGAAACGGAAUGGAAUUUGGUUGACCGACAUUCUAAACCACGGGCAACAAGAGAGAGGCAGUCAUUGAAGCGAACCCGAGGUAUUCGUCGCUUGCGUGGAACCAAACCAGCCACUCCGUUGGUCAAAGUCUCAACUGUCCAUGGACGAGGCUCUUCCAGUCGUGUGUUAUCGGAAAAUGGAAGCUCUUCGAUCUUGGCUUCAGCGGCUGAAAAGGCGUUGGCUGACGUCCGGCGAUAUAGCAACGGCAGUGGAAAGUCAGCUACAGAUGGUGUGAACACUACAACUUCAGCUCCAGCGAGUAAAGAGAAUGUACCCACCUAUGCGAGUGUGGCAGCUCGACGCAUGCUAGAGGCAGAUUUCCCAAGACGACCAGCCUCUAUGCAUCCAUUACGAGGACAGGAAUCAGCUCCAGGUCUACAGGUGAAGCUUUCUGUCGAAUCACUUGAUGGCCAAGCAGGCUAUAUAUUUGCCUCUCCGCUCGCACAUGAAGUGACAACCCAUGAGCUGAUGACUGAACCCUUGUCACGAUCGACAUACAGCGAGCCCGGGGGUGAUUUCCUCGGUCAGCAGCUUCUACUAGAUCUCCAGACUGCGCCUGGGUCCCGCAUGGAGUCUCGUCGCUCGUCACUCGCUCACAUAUACGACCCUGUACGGGAAUUGUCUGCCAGUACGCCUUCGCUCGUGCCAUAUCACCCUGCCCAAGAGCUGUCUGCCAGUACUCCUACUCUCAUCCCAUAUCCGCCACCACCUCUACCGUAUGAUGAAGACAUCAGUAUCACUGUUCCACGUCAAAGAAGGUCAAGAUCAAGGCCAGCUUCACGGCCAGCUUCGAGAUCUCCCGCCGUGCCCCAUCCGUCCGCGAUCAUGCCCGGGGCACUCCCUCUUCAAGUGACUCUCUCUGAUGGUCCCAUUCCACAAGUCCCCAAGCGUCCGGGUCCCGACGUUCUCACGCGCAAUUCUUCUGGGUUCUCACACCAGUCCUGGGCCACAGAGCCAGUCCGUUACCCACCACGGUUCUCACCACCCCCGAGCUUUGAACAAACAAGUGCGAUUAUGCGUACUGCUACCCCAGGAAUGGCGCAGAGCCAGAUGGCCCAGCAAUCAAUGGCCCAAUUGCAGAGUCUCCCCGGAGCUACCGGCUGGAACGGCGGCUCCUUCUCAGACAGCGCCCUCCAAUCCGACGCACUAUACCCACCCAUCCCUCCAUCACGCCCCAGACUAGGCUCGGUAGACGAGCGACUACGAGAGAUGAGCCUAGCAUGGACAUCAGAGGUCGAACCUGCUCAAAUUCUUCAAUUUGGAGGACAUCGCGUUGAUGUGCGAGAUGCACGCCAACGGCUACACGAGUCUGGCAGGCUCCAGGCUCCCCGUCAUGUUUCUACUUAUCAACUCUAUCACCCAAACAUUUCUGGGCCCUUGAUUCACGAGGGGAACCAUAUCUAUGCGCCCGCUCCGCCGCUAGAGUAUUACGGCGGCAGGCGGCCACGGAGUGGUAGCUCGCCGCCUAAACCUGACUAUGAUGGGCUGGGUGUUCGUUUCUCAUGA